AGCGGCCCCGGCUUCCGUGCAGACGCCCAGCAGCCGGCGCGCCGCCGCCCGGCCACCUCCGGCGCCUUCUCCCCCCAGCCCUGCGCUCCUGCCCCAACUCACGCUGCCCUCGGACCCCAGCUGUCCCGUCGCGCUCAGCGCCGGAAGCUCGCCGGGCCGACGCCCAGGAGACCCCCUGCCUCGGCCGCGGCUCCUGGAGGGCCGAUAGCCCACCCGCCCCGGCCCGCCUGAGGACGGGGGCGCCUUCAUGCGGCCCCCACCCCCCUCACUCCUCCGCCGCCGCCUCCGAGCUCCGCGCGCUGCGCCCCAGCCCCAGCAGGGCACGCAACUUUGGAAGUCCCGCGGCGCUCCGAGAGGCGGCAGAGUCCGCACCCUGGCCCCAGCGCGCGCCCCGCCGGCCCCGCCGCGUCUGGGGGAAGAGAGAGAGUCGGUAAUCGCUUCGGGGAUGUAAGGAGACAGACAUAGGACCCUGAGCCAGCAUCAGCACCUCUCGGCUGCCUCCCGGGGUGGGGGCGGGCCCCGCACACGGUAAGACCUCCCUCUUGCUUUUGCUCAGGCUCAAGAGUCAAAGAUAUAGAUACAGAUAUAUUUCCUGUUAUCCUUCCAAGUCAUCAGGCCACCGCUGAUUUUUGUUCUCUCUUCUUGAAGAAUCAAUCUCUCUUUCCCCAUCGGCUCGACCUACUCUCUCCCGCCGCUUAGAAAUAAAACUUGGCUGUGUUUAGGAGCUGGGAGCCAGAAGGCACCGACCCCGAGCGCCCGAAGCGCGGGACCGGGCGCGGUUCGCGGGAGCCGGGCCCAUGGGCCGUUAGCGGUCCCCCAGCUCGGGCCCGGCCUCCCUGAGGCCCCUUCUCCAUGUGAGGCGCGGCGGGGCGAGCGGGGCGCAGGGGGAAGAGGAGGACCCACGGGCGCCGGGCCGGAAGGCAGCUGGCAGCAGGCCCAGGCGAGCGGGCACCCGCGUUCAUGUUCCGCCAGGAGCAGCCACUGGCCGAGGGCAGCUUCGCGCCCAUGGGCUCUCUGCAGCCGGAUGCGGGCAACGCGAGCUGGAACGGGACCGAAGCCCCGGGGGGCGGCGCCCGGGCCACCCCCUACUCCCUGCAGGUGACUCUGACGCUGGUGUGCCUGGCCGGCCUGCUCAUGCUGUUCACUGUGUUCGGUAACGUGCUUGUCAUCAUUGCCGUGUUCACAAGCCGCGCGCUCAAGGCGCCCCAGAACCUCUUCCUGGUGUCUCUGGCCUCGGCCGACAUCCUGGUGGCCACGCUUGUGAUCCCUUUCUCGCUGGCCAACGAGGUCAUGGGCUACUGGUACUUCGGCAAGGCGUGGUGUGAAAUCUACCUGGCGCUCGACGUGCUCUUCUGCACGUCGUCCAUCGUGCACCUGUGUGCCAUCAGCCUGGAUCGUUACUGGUCCAUCACCCAGGCCAUAGAAUACAACCUGAAGCGCACGCCACGCCGCAUCAAGGCCAUCAUCGUCACCGUGUGGGUCAUCUCGGCCGUCAUCUCCUUCCCGCCCCUCAUCUCCAUCGAGAAGAAGAGAGGCAGCGGUGGCCAGCAGCCGGACGAACCGCACUGCAAGAUCAACGACCAGAAGUGGUACGUCAUCUCGUCGUGCAUCGGCUCCUUCUUCGCGCCCUGCCUCAUCAUGAUCCUGGUCUACGUGCGCAUCUACCAGAUCGCCAAGCGCCGCACCCGCGUGCCGCCCAGUCGCCGGGGUCCUGAAGCCGCCGCCGCGCCGCCACGGGGCGCCGAGCGCAGGCCCAACGGCCUAGGCCCGGAGCGCGGCGUGGGCCCAGGGGGCGCCGAGGUCGAGUCGCUGCCGGCCCAGCUCAACGGUGCCCCGGGGGAGCCAGCGCCCGCAGGGCCGCGGGAGGCCGACGCGCUGGACCUCGAGGAGAGCUCUUCGUCGGAGCACGCCGAGCGGCCCGCGGGGCCCCGCAGGUCCGAGCGCGGUCCCCGGGCCAAGGGCAAGGCCCGGGCGAGCCAGGUGAAGCCCGGGGACAGCCUGCCGCGGCGCGGGCCGGGGGCGACGGGGCCGGGGACACCCGCGGCCGGGCACGGGGAGGAGCGCGGCGGGGGCGCCAAGGCGUCGCGCUGGCGCGGGCGGCAGAACCGCGAGAAGCGCUUCACCUUCGUGCUGGCGGUGGUCAUCGGCGUGUUCGUGGUGUGCUGGUUCCCCUUCUUCUUCACCUACACGCUCACGGCCGUCGGCUGCUCGGUGCCGCGCACGCUCUUCAAGUUCUUCUUCUGGUUCGGCUACUGCAACAGCUCGCUGAACCCUGUCAUCUACACCAUCUUCAAUCACGACUUCCGCCGCGCCUUCAAGAAGAUCCUCUGCCGGGGGGACAGGAAGCGGAUCGUGUGAGCCUGGAGUCCGCGCCCCGCGAACAGACCCGUGCCGAGCGCGGCAGCUGAGAUCCAGGGGCGCGUCUACGCAGUCCCAGCACUCCGAAACCCGGGUCCUGCCUAUUCUGAGUUUCUUGGCCCGAGGGUUGUCCUGCCGGCAUCUGCGCUCUCCUACCAGAGAAAAGUACUGGCUGGGAGGGCCACACGGUCCCCCUCCCCCAGUUGUUGUUAAAGCUGCUUCUGACUCCGAGCCAUCUUCCUGGGUCCUUGGGCAGCCCCCAAAUCAGUAUUGUUUCCUAAAAGUAUUUUCACGAGAGCCCAGAGGGAAUGGCUCACAAAGGGUUAAUAGAUGGGGGUACCCAGCCCUGGCUCUCCCCAUCCCCCAAGUCUAUUUUUAAACAAAAGCUCAGGGCAGCCCUGCCCUCCCUCCUACCCCCUCCCUUGUAAACAUGCACUAUUUUUGAUAGUACAUGGGGGUGGGGGUGGUCCCCAAUGUCGCUCGGCCUUUGAUGUUGGAAUCCUGGCUGUUGGAGAUGCCCUCCAGGCAGACACAUCGUGUCUAGUUCAGGGCAAGCCUCUUUGCAAUGUGAGCCCUUUUCUGGUGUCAUUACCUCCCUCUGUGUCCCUUUCACCAGCAACUGGUGACUGUCCCUUGGGACUGGACCUGCUUUGAGAUUUCCUGAGGGGGAACAGAUUUCUGUCCUUUUUUCCCCCCUGUGCCUAACAGCAUAAUUGCCUUUUCCCGUGUAAAUAUUACAAUGAUGGACCAAGACAGAAGUAAAUGAACCUUUCUGCCUUGCAGCAGCCCUGUGUAUAAAGCCAUUAUCCUCUGAUGCAUCCCACUUCGCCCCAGUACCUCACUUUAAAACCUUCUCUUUCCAGUAUCCCCUCCCCCCUUCGUCUGGGGCCACUGCUUGAAAAAUAUGUAUGUUUCCAUCUUGUAUGUAUGUGCACCCCUCCCUCCCCCAAAGUGCUGACUGUGGAAAAUCUUUUACCUGCUGUUUUUAGACACAGAGAAGUGGAAAUUAUGUGGAAGAAGCAAACCUGAUACAAUUUGCUCAAGGUAAACAGUUUGAAGAGACAAAUGGGCCUGCCAGACUGUACAGUUCCUGCCCCAAGAGCUCUUAGGUAUCAAAGUGUGGUCCAUUUUUCCUCCUUGUUUUUCCGGUUGAGAUCAAGUCAUUGAUGAACUCCCAAAGUCAAGGGAGGAGGGCGGAGACCUUGUUUACAUCCAAGUUUCCCCAUGUUUUAGACAGAGACUCUUUAAGGCCUGCACUCUAUUUCACUAAAGAAAAACUAACGUCAGCACAUGUUGCUAAUGACAGCGGAUUUUUUUUUAAAAUAAAAAGUUUACAGAUCAAAUGUGAAAUAAAUAUGAGUUAAAUGGUCUGUCUGUUAUCUGAGUUUUCCACAGCAU